AUGUCCUUCCUCCCACCAGCAUCUCCAAAUCAAACCCACGUCACCGUCUCUCCCAUCCCAGGCGGCUUCAUAACCCUCUCCGACCACUUCUUCGUCCAUCCCGCAGAAGAAGGAGCAAAAAGAACAGUCCCCUCCUUAACAUUCCUCAUCCAACAUCCCGGCGGCCGCAAUAAUAAUGCAGUCCAAUCAAUCGGCAACCCAACCGGAAAUGCCAAGCCCAUCAACAUGAUGUUCGACCUAGGCCUCCGCAAAGCACAAUCCCGCUACCCAACACACAUGCAAAAACACAUCGACGGCCGAGCACCUUUCAAUCUCGAACCCGGCGUAGCAGCACAACUCCUCACAGGCGGUCUUUCCCCCGCAGAAAUAGACCUUGUGAUGCUCUCUCACGUCCACUAUGACCACCACGGCGACCCUGAAGAUUUCCCUCGAGCGCGCUUUCUUCUCGGAAACGGAGCCUUGAAAGUUUUGAAGGAAGGGCUGGGAGGGAUAGCGAGUCAUCAACACUUCGAACCCGAUACGCUGCCUGAUGAUCGAACGGAGGAAUUGCCCGAUCCUACUACUACUGGAGAUUGGAAACCUUUGGGACCGUUCCCUGCGACUUUGGAUUUAUUCCGAGAUCAAAGUGUCUAUGUGAUCGAUACCCCAGGCCAUCUGCCCGGACAUCUCAAUCUGCUGUGUAGAACCGAGAACAAGUGGAUACUACUCUGUGGAGAUGCGUUUCAUGAUCGAAGACUACUUACUGGGGAAAAGGAAAUUGGGACUUGGGAGGCUCCUGGUGGAAAUGGGAGACUUUGUAUUCAUUUGGAUAGAGAAGCCGCAGAGAAGAGUAUUCUCCGACUGCGAGAAUUCGAUGAGAGAACGGGAGAUGCCUGUGAAUUGAUUGCUGCGCACGAGGAGGUUUGGUGGGAGGAGCAUAGACAUCUUGCUUUUCCUGGUCGAUUGUAG